GGAGCCCCUCAUCUAAAUGCCAGUGGUUUUGUUGGCCAUAGUGGUCCUUUUGUCCCUAGUCUUAUGGGUAACAGACCGGAUCACCACUUACGUGGUCCUAGAGCCUUCGGCGAUCUGUCUAUGACUGGUCGGACAAAUUGGGGCCCUGGGACCAAUUACAAUGGAUUGGGACCUAGUCUCCCCCGAGAAAAGGAGCACCCGAGCAGUGCUGCCGUGGGUUCUGGAUUUGGCAAUGGCAUGAUUGAUUGUCAAAUGGGUAAAAAUAUUAGGGGCUCAUUUUGUGCUGGAUACGGUUACUCCGCUGGAUUUGGUAAAGGGCGUCAUGAUUGGCAGGGUCCCAAUGCUUCUAAACCUGUAGGAGGCGGCGAAGGCAGUUUUGGUGGAGGACCUUGA